UGCAUGAAUCUUUUUGGUCAUAAAUAAAGGGACUAUCAUGAUCAUCUUUAUUUCUGUUUAGCCUAAGAGCUGGGCCCGGGAGGAGGCCAGCCCCUUCUCCUCGUCUCUGCUGUGUGACCCUGGGUGAGUGACUCCACAUCUCUGAACUGUUUCCCCCUCUAUAAAGUGGAGAUCAUAGUUCCUCCCCUAAAGAGGGCUGCGUGAAGAUUGAACAUACUGCUCAUGAAGCUGGCCCAGUGCCGUGCACAUAGUAGGUCUUCAAUAAAUGGUCGCUGUUAUUCGUCAAUGUAUAACGAAAUGUAUAACGAAAAUGAAUCUUUGUAUAACAAAUUUUCUGUAUAACGAUAAAGAAUCUUCGUUGGGUCUGUUAUCACAUCUUGUGGAAAUGUUUGGAUGGAUUUACACCCAACUUAGAGGGUAUGUUCAGGGUGAUCUGACUUAAAAUUCAGGCCACAUGGCACAUGGGAAAAUUGAGAGAUUCUGGGACCCCUCACUUUAAGAACUGGAGCCAUUCCAAGGAUGUCAUGCACCUCAAUAGGAAGAUGGUGGAGCUGAAAAGCCAAAGGAAGGAAGUUGAGGACACUGAGAUCUUUACACCCCGAUGCCCCCUGCCUGGUGCUGCCGGGCUUCCCACAAAGCUGAUGCAGUCCGUCUGCCCCCAGGAAGUCAUCAGAGGCCACGGCUGAGGACACAGAGGCAUGGGGGCCUCCCUGGGCCUGCUAUUGGGGUGAAGUGGCCCGCACAGAAUCAGGUGGACAGGGCGCUGCCUCAGCAAGCCAGAAUGUGCUGGGCUGUCAGAAAACGCCCAUAAAUAGGACGGUCCCUGCAAAAGCAGACUGAGUCUGCAGACGGCAUCGGCCCCUCUGUUCUUCUCAAGGCGACUGCAACGGGUUCAUUCUGGGUAUGCGGGGAGAGAGAGGCAGGCCCAGACCUUGGGGGUCUCCGGGGGGCGUGCACAGCUGGCCCCCUGCACCAACCGGGGAUCCACGUGAGGGCUGGAGCCGAGAGGGCGGACGCAGGACAGCCACCAAGCCAGCUGGUGUCUGAGGGGGUGGGCAGGGUCGAGCCCUUGGCUGUGAGCUUAGGGCAGGGGCCUACAAAGACUGAGCACCGCUGAGGAAGGGGAAUGGGCAAACUGGGGGGCUGCCACAUCUGCUGAGAAUCCUCUGUGAGCUGGACCUCCAUGAGCUGGACCAGGCCCUGUUUCCUGCUGAGGCUGGACACAGGCAGACAGACAGCCCGCAGGCUAUGCAUCCCUGGGCCUGUAUCCUGAGUAUAUGGGCCACGCAACCCACCUACUUCCAGGAAUGUGGGGUGUAGCUGAGGUGCCUUCUGGGCCACUGUGGAUGUCUGAAAUGGGCAUGUGUGUGUGCAAGAGAGAGAGAGGGGCUGUGUUUGUGCAACAGGUGGGAAGGGACCGUGUACAGUGACCACGGGAGCUUGUGUGUGUGUGUGUGCGUGUGUGUGCGUGUGUGUGUGUGCACCUGUGCGUGUGCUGAUGAGCUGGAGAACAGUCCUGUGUGUCUGUGUGUGCAGCAUCAAGAGAAUCCUUCCACGUGACUGAUGCAGUCCCAGUGGUGUGUGUCACAGUCCCUAGGGAUGAAGGGGAGCUGUCUGUCUGUUUGUGUCUGUGUCUCUUUAAGUGGCUGGAACAAAGUAAGUGCUCCAUAAAUGCAUAUGAAAUGAAUAAGUGAAUGCAGAGAAACUGGACUGGAGCCGGUGUCCCAGGACCUGGUCCGGCAUCAUGCUUUCUCUAGAUGUCUGUCUGUCUGUCCAUCUCCCACCAGUCUGUGGUCUCUUCCUCUCCAUCACCCAGCACAGGGCCAGGCACCAACUGGGUUCUCACGGAAUCUUUGGAAAGUGAAGGAGUCAGUGAACAAAAGACUAUACUGCUUGGGGUGCAGAGGCGGGAGAGAUUCCUGUAGAGGAAACCCCGGCAACGCCCACCCUCUGAGCAGGGUCUGGAGGUGCUGUGUCCUCACAGAGCUCCGGGUGUGGGGGAAGGGCACGCGCUUUGGAGCCCAGUCCCAGCCCCACCUGACUGGGCCUCGGGAUUGCCCUCUGUAAAAUGGGGAUCCUGAUCCCCCCUGACUGUCCCGGUCCCUGUGGUCCAUAGUAGAUACUAAGGGGAUGUUUGCUGAGUGACUGAAUGACCACAGGUAGGUUGUGAGCAAUGACCACAUCUCAGAGGCAGUCAAGUUCUGUAGCUCAGCCUCGACUCCAAUCACGUCAAUACCUGGUUUUGCCCGGGUGCACCUGGUGACUCUUUUGCCUUUGACUGAAGCCACAGGUGUUCCUGGGGUGAUGGCGGAGCAACACAGCGCGCCGGAGCAGGCUGCCGCCGGCAAGAGCCACGGAGGCCUCGGGGGCGGCUACAAGGUACCGGGCAGGGACGGGGUCCCGGGGGCUCUGGGCCCAGGGCUGCUCUUGGUCCUCGGGGUCAGCCUCCUGGCCAGGCAGCCUCUCUCCAGAAAGGAGCCGCAGCCCUUCCGGCCAGUUUGGACCACGAGCACAUCUCCCCGCCCUGCGAUAAAUUCACUUCAUGGCUCUGCCCCAUCUUUCCUCUUCUGUGUCCUUGUCUGCAAAAUGGAACUGGUCACGCGCACCCUGCCAGUCUCAAUGCGGGUUUCGGGAGACACGGCACUGAUUCUCCUGCCUGACCUUGGUCCAGUCCCCGGCCCUCUCUGGGCCUCAACAGCCCCAUCUUUUAAAUGGGGGUGGUACCCACACUUCUCAGUGUGAGAGCUCAAUGCAUGUGCCAUUACCAUGGCCAGCUAACAGAGGAAUCUGAGAGUUGGGAUUUGUUGGCUCUGUCUUUUUUUUUUUUUAGUUUUUGGCCGUGCCGCGUGGCAUGUGGGAUCUUAGUUCCUUGACCAGGGAUCGAAUCCGCGCCCCCUGCAUUGGAAGCGCGGAGUCUUAACCACUGGACCGCCAGGGAAGUCCCGGCUCUGUCCUUUCUAAGCUAUCCCGGGGGCUUUAAUUUGAGAUGGGGUCCGGGAAUGAAUUGACUAAGGAGAUAACUGGGGGCUUUAACCAGAAGGGUGCACACCGGGAGGGGAAGAGCAGCAAAGAGGUCUGCCUGGCUCUGGGCUUGAUUCGUGGGUGAAUCAGCCUUGCCCUGUGGACCCCCAGCUUCCCCCUGGGGAGGGCUGCCCAGAGGCAGCCGCCCACCGGAGAAGAGGGUAUCACUGCCGGCCCUCCAUGGCUCCUUUUGGCAUUUGGCUUUCCCCUGACCACGCCAGUGCUCGGGAGAAAAGAGCCAGCUGGCUUAUUGAAUCCGUGCCUCCACUUAACUUGCUGUGCAGCCCAGGAUGCUUUCCGAGCCUCCCUUGACCCUUGUAUAAAAUGACCAGAGCCAAUGUUCCCCAGGGACCUGCUACAAAGACAGCUUGUGCUUCUAGGCGGGCGAAAGAGGCAAAACCUUCCUCUGCCUUUGCAACCGCCUUCUCUGGGGUAUAGGGACAGGUGAAGUUCAACUGUUGCAAACUGGAGUUUUAUUUGUCCUGCACAAGACUUUUUAAAUGGAGAAAUUUCACAUUAAGGAAAUUACAGAUUUCUGGCUUCUCUCGAAAAGCUUAGAAGGGGGCCCACAGUCCUUCCUAACCACAGUGGCUUCAUUUCCCUACAGUUAUCCCUCUGGUUAUUUUGGUCAUUUUGCUUUACUUGAUUUUGCACUGCCUCCGGCCAGAUACCAGAAUUGCAAUCCCUGGAUUAAUGGGGCUUCCUGGAGGUGUUCCCCUCCAUGGCCACCAGGGGGCAGGGCAGACCUGUGGCGGUGCUGGCUUCAGGCCUGUUACCAGGCAGGGCUGAGGCAGCGGAUGGCAGUACCUCCCUCCAAGGCCCUAAAGAGGACCUGGCAGGACACAGGCUGGGGCUGGGAACCCUGCCCCGGUGGGAUGCUCAGGAGGCUGCCCUUCCAGGUGAUCGUGUACGAGAUGGAAAACUUCCAGGGCAAGCGGUGUGAGCUCUCGGCCGAGUGCCCCAACCUGACAGAAAGCCUGCUGGAGAAGGUGGGCUCCAUCCAAGUGGAGUCGGGGCCGUGGCUGGCAUUUGAGCGCAGGGCCUUCCGCGGGGAGCAGUAUGUCCUGGAGAAGGGGGAUUAUCCUCGCUGGGACGCGUGGUCCAACAGCCACCGUGGUGACAGCCUCCUGUCCCUCCGGCCUCUGCAAAUUGAUGGUCCAGAUCACAAGCUGCAUCUCUUUGAGAACCCGGCUUUCGGCGGCCGCAAGAUGGAGAUAGUGGACGAUGACGUGCCCAGCCUCUGGGCUCACGGCUUCCAGGACCGCGUGGCGAGCGUCCGGGCCAUCAACGGGACGUCUGGAGGUCCUUCACUCAAUCAGUGCGUCUACACCAACCUUGCUCAAAGCCCCAUUCAAGAUCCCCCAUUAUACAAAUGUCCGAUUGCUUGCAUUCCUGUACCAUUGGAUAUCCAGGAAGCCUUGACUUAUAGACAGUUUUAUCUUUUUUUUUAA